AACACAAACCCUAACAUCUCCUCUACCCCUAUUCUCCAGCCCCAAUUUUCCUCAUCCUAUGAGUGCCAUGAGAGAUCUCGGUGGUGAUAUUGAUUGAUAUGGAGGGAGAUGAUAUGGUGGAUUCUGGAGCUGCUGUAACUGCUAGAGUGGAUCCAAACUUGGGAAUACUAAUCAAUGCUGCAAAUCAGGGCUUUGGCAACCCUGGAAGCUGCGCCUGCAACAAGGACUGCUCUGUGGAACUUAAUAAGAAGUCAAAUUCGCCGCUCUAUGUAUCUCGACUCUAUUAGAGGGAAGCCAAACAACAGGCACACUCCACCGCUUUGUCUUUAGAAAACACUGAAACAGACACCAGAGAUACAUGCAGCCAGCAUAUUCCACCACUUUGUCUCCCUUCAGCCCUGCCUGCCGUUUCCAAUUCUAGUAGGAGAAAAACCAAAUGUAAAUUACAUUUGGUGAAAUUUAGCUAAAAAAUGUUAAUAAAUCCAGGAGAAAGUAAAGGUUGCUAGAGGGAAAGCAAAGAGCCCAAUCGUUGCAGGAUUGAUAUUCCCUGUGGACUUUGAGAAGGACGAAAUAGCCGAAGUCUUUGGCCUUGGCAAAGGCAGAACUGAUCUGUUGGGUUACUCCACGUGGACGAGACUGAGCUGCAAAAACAAAGCCUAACUAAUUACCAGUGUGAGCUUUCAGUUUUAACAAGUUCUGUUUUCAUUUGUAUGUUAAGCGCAUAUAAAAUUAACCAACUAGGAUAGUUCAUUAGUAAUUGUGAUGAAAAUUGUUUUCCGCACAAGUCAUAUUAACCUUUCAUGAUUAGUUAGUUACUUCCAGUCACGUCAUGUUACAACUCACAUAAUUGACACACUGAUUUUAUUUGCAAUAUGUAUAGCAAUGGUUGUCUAGAGCCUAGACAGAUUACAAGUUUUGCCUAGACAUAGUUGUGUUGCUCGAUGUUCCAGGUUGUGCUGCAAGUUAUGGGAAACCAGCAACAGAACCAACAUUCCGACUUCAAUAAUCAAGUUCCAGAUGUUGAGAGUCCUGAUGACAGAUCUUGUGGGUGUUGAAAAUCCCCAGGAUGGAGUUCAAGUUGUUCAUCUUUACAACAGAAAGAAGCAGGUUGCUACAAGGUAUGUUGUUAAUGGCAAAGAAGAAGUUGGAAGUCUCAUUUGUUAAGACUUCAGCUCCAUGACACUUUUGUCGUAUACAGUUUCCCUGCAGCAACAUACUUAAAGGUUCUAUGUGAGUAAGUUUAUCAUAAGUUGAUUUGACUGAAAAAUCUCCUUUGCUGUUCAGAGCCCACUGUAUUUGAUCUGCAGUAUCUUUGUUGAUAGUAAAAUUUUCAAGACUGGUGAGAAGACCAUCAAACUCCCUUCUAACUGUAGCAUUUAUUCUUCUUGGCACUGCCAAAUUCCAGCUAUUAUUAUCCUCAAGAAAAACUUCAGCCACUGUUUUGUUUUUACUUCUGGAGACUGCAAAAAGAUUAGGAAACUUUUCUUGCAAAGAAAUAUUAGCCAACUACACAUCUUUCCAGAAUCUAACACUGUUGCCAGAAUUAACUUUGAAGAAAAUAUUACUCUUGAAAGUAGCUUCACAGUUCAUUAUGCCCUUCCAAAUUGACUUGCCAUAAGAAUUUUUUGGUAUUUUAGAAAACCAACCAUGCACUUCAGAACCAUAUUUUUCUUCUAUAAUUUCUCUCCAAAGGGCUUCUUUUUCAUUUGCAUAUCUCCAAAGCCAUUUGGUAAGUAAGAUUUUAUUCAUCUUCUUCAAGCACUUGAUACCCAAUCCUCAAUCUUUUUUUUUUUUUUUUUUUUUUGUAAAGAGUAGGCCAUUUAACUAGAAUAAGCUUUCUUUCAUUAUCAUUCCAUAGAAAGUUUCUCAUGAUACCUUCUAAUCUCUUAGCUACAGAGGCAGGCAUAACAAAUAAUGACAUAUAGUAAACAUUUAAGCUUGCAAGAGCACUUUUGAUUAAAGUGAUUUUACCUGCUCUGCUCAAAUUUUUUUUGAGUGUAUCAUGUUUAUCGUCUUUCCUCUCGGUUUCGAAUUCAUGAAACGUUUGUUAUUUGUUUUGAUGAUUUUGUAGCCCCUGCUGUGACAGCUGUGAUGCUCGUGACUACAUACGUACUUGCUUGAUGUGUUUGGUCAUAAAAGUCGUAUGGAAGCAACGGAUAACCACUGCUAACACAUUUCUGAUAUUCUUCGGUUCUAUUAAGAUUUUAUACUUCUCAUCAUGCAUUGAAGUCCCUGAAGGCGGGUAAAUCCCACUCUCUAUCUUCCGUCUGUACGGGCAUAAUGUACGUUUGGAACUAUAGAACAUUGAAGAAACAUCAAUAUUUGAUAUGGAGAACAAGGUUUCGAUACUGGUCCGAGUGCCAGGCAUUGGGCUUGCUUAUACUGAUCUCGCGACUGGGGUGCCAGCCGUUUUCGGACGUUUUGUGGCAGAGAUUUUGCCUGCUCUUCAACAGGAUUUAGUAUUUGUGCGUGUUAAACCUUAACAAGUUACCUAUGUUAGUGAAAGGGAAUGCUUUGUUGUAGACAGGCUAGGUACAAAAGAGCAUGGCAUGUUCCGGUGCAUUGUCAGGUAUGGGUACAGAGAUUUACAGCAAGAGAAUCUUGAAUUCAUGUAUUUCACUUUGGCCAUGUAUUGCAAAAAACAGUUGACAGUCAAAAUAUCUUAGAUAUGACUGCCUUUGGUUGAAUAACUCAACAUGUGAAAAAACAACGGAUUGUAGUGUUAUGCAGUAGGGUAUAUCUAGCCCCAUGUGACAAAAGUGGAGGGAAGAAAUUUUAGCCAUCAAUUUUACACCUGAGAUUUUAAAGAAAUUUAGAUACCGUUCCAUCUUUUAUGGCUAGCAGCUGACGCAUUUCCUUUGUUUUAAAAGCACCACCAAACCUCUUUGUGUCUCUCACACUACCAGACUGAUAGAUGAUAAAUUCCAUCCAUUUCUUCAAGGAAUAAAGAAAGAAAAUCAAGUGUGUUCCCAACUUUUCUCAACUCAUAAUCAGUUGCAUCAUCUCAUAAAGAAAGAAAAUCACUGAAAAUUCAAAUCGCAGUCUUGAAGAUUGUAGCAAGUCGAGUACUACUUACUACCGGCAGCUGUCAAACCGAGUUAACUGUAAUCAUUUUACAGCUCUUGCUCUUUUAUCACACUGAAGAUGUCCAAACGUGCAAGUAGUGGUACGCGUGGAGGUAAGGAACCUAAAGUAGUUGAAUCAGAGUCAGAACCGGGAUGGUGGGAAAGUUGUGAUCCAGAAAUAUUCCGACAAGAAUUUAGGAUGAAUUGGUCCACAUUCGAUUUCAUAUGUAAUGAGUUAAAACCAACUUCAGCAACCAAAAAAAAAGAUGCAACCAGUGAUUUUCGAAGAACCGUCGCAGGGUUUAUUUGGAAAUUGGCAUCAGGUAAAAGAAACAGCGAUGUGGAAGCCAAAUUCGGCGUAAAAUAUGCACGAUGUCGUCUGAGUUUGAAGAAAUUUGUGGGAUCUUUGAUGCCAGAGUACGUUGCAUGGCCCGAUGACAGUGAAAUGGAAAACAUUAAAACGGAGUUUGAAAUAGUUUCUGGAAUAGAAAACGUCGUAGGUUCCAUCAAUACAACUUGUAUCCAAAUUGUUAAACCGAAUCCACAAAAAUUUCCGACUGCCGACCUAUAUUAUGAUCGCCAACUUACUGGACGUCAGCGAAGUGCUUCAUAUUCAAUUGCUUUACAGGAAGUGGUCGAUCACAAGGGCGUGUUCACGGAUGUUUUCGUCGGCGAGCCUGGUUCGUUGGAUGAUUGCCAAGUUUAUCAAAGAUCUCCUCUAUGCAACAGGGUUUUAGAACAAGGUGCUUGGAUAGCUGGUACUGACAAGUUCCCGUUGAUGGAUAACAUUUUAGUUCCCUACAUAGAUUAUCCUAAUCUGACUUCGACACAACGGACGUUUGACACUCAACUUUAUCAGAUAGAAUCAAUAGCAAGAGAAGCUUGUCUAAGAUUGAAGUCGAGGUGGCUAAUUCUACAAAGAGAAACAGAUCAUCCUAAUUUAGAAACCAUAGAGGAAACUGUCAAAGCAUGCUGUACCCUUCAUAAUAUCUGUGCGAUUAAAGACGACGACAUAAGCCCGAAAUGGAGAAUGGAUGUGGAGGAUAACCUUAUCAUCCCUGAACCACCUGUUCUGUCAGACGAUGCAAGUAACGAAAGAGAUGCAGUUGCUGAAUAGCUUGCUAGGAAACUAGCAUCAGACUUGCACCUUCGUCUGUGAUGAAAGUCUGGCCCUGACUGUUUUCAGUUUCUUAAUCAGAAACAAGAAACAACACAAUGUGGUGCAGACUUUGAAGACGAACAACAAUGUAAUUGGGAGGUCUCUGAUGCUACCCAUUAAAAUAUCAAAUCCUUUCUUGGGCCGUUCAGUUCCUUGUGUUUUCUGCUCUCGCCUUUUCUUUUUUCACUUAUAGUGUGCUGGCUUCUUGUAAGGACAAUUAUUAUAAUAAACAAAAAAGUAUAUUUAUUA